AUGCUCCCAGCAGAUUUUAGCACCACCUCCACCUCCACAUCGUCCGCCACCCUCUCACCGAAUAUUAAACCGCCGCCCUCCUCUUUGUUUUCGCAACAUCAUCCUGCUCCUGUCCCUCCUGGUUCUGAAUUUGCCGAUCCCCAUCGGUACCAAGGCGACGCUCACCGGUCUCGCUUACGCAGCGUGUCUCUGUGCUCCACCUCGAGUUCAAUUGCUGAGAGAAAGAAGCACUGUGUCGAACCUGGCACAUCUGAGGUCCAUGCCGAGUUUCGCAAAUUCUCCGCCUACCCGAAUUCUUCUCCGUGGUCGCUGAGGGGCAUCCGCCAAUCGUUCCAGCACCGCAAUUGCAUCUCGGCUGCCUCGAGCUCUUAUCUCAGUGACGACUGUGUUUUGGAAAACCCUGCCUCUGAUGCAAUCGACGAUUCGGACACCCCGCGAUUGCGCCCCACCAUAGACAUCCAACAUCCCUCCCGGUCGUAUCUGCCACCCGGAUCUCCAACUCCCAGCGCGAGUCUUCUUAGCGUACAAGCCCGCCGCUUGUCAAACAUAUCCCUGCCCUCUUCACGAGGAGCUAUAAAGCCUUCUACUGCCGCCCACGGCUCUGCAUCCGGCCUCCGUGUCCGCUCUGCAUCGUACCUAAUGUCAUCUGGCAAGGGCCUGGGGCUGCCCCAGUCGCAGUCCGAGGCGGGGGUUUCCAAUGUCCUCGUGACGACAUCGUCAAAUUCUCAGCCAAGUCAGCCGUCCAGCAACCACAACCUAACUACCAGGGAAAAUCAUUCCCAGCCACUUGAAAUGUUUCGACGAAACCAGCGAUCUGAAACCAAUACCCAUUCCAAUAUACGCACUCGACCUGGGCGAUCUAGAAGCAGAGUUCAGCGACGGUUUAGCGGCAGCACUGCCAACAGCAGCCAUAGCCCUGGAAGCGAUCGAGGCCCUUCCCAUAGGGAGAGGGAAGACGUCAAACCAGCUCCAUGGGGCGUCAUUGGUAUAUGCGCAUUGGACAUUAAGGCAAGAAGUAAGCCAAGCCGAAACAUUCUCAAUAGGCUUAUUGCCAAUCGCGAAUUUGACGUCAUCGUUUUUGGUGACAAGGUAAUUUUGGACGAAGAUGUGGAAAAUUGGCCCAUUUGUGAUUAUCUUAUUUCCUUUUAUUCGGAUGGCUUCCCUCUAGAGAAAGCAAUUGCAUACGUUAAGGCUAGAAAGCCGUUUUGCGUCAACGAUGUUCUUUGCCAAAAGGUCCUCUGGGACAGACGUCUCUGUCUUCAGCUCCUUGACAAGAUACAGGUUCGCACACCCAGCCGUCUCGAGAUAAGUCGAGACGGCGGUCCUACGUUCUUCACACCGGAGAUUGCCAAGCAUGUCAAGGAUAUAUCUGGUGUGUCCAUAGAUGCCGUCCUGCCUGAGAAGAUCAGACCACCCCACCAAGUGGAGUUACUUGAGGACGGUGACGUCCUAUGUGUUGACGGCAAAACACUUAGGAAGCCAUUUGUUGAAAAGCCGACAAGUGGGGAAGAUCACAAUAUCAUUAUUUACUUUCCUAAAUCUGCAGGUGGUGGUGCUAGAAAAUUGUUCCGGAAGAUUGGGAACAAAAGCUCUGACUAUGUGGCCGACCUCAAUACGCCUCGUGCCAUCACUGAGCCUCAUGGUAGUUAUAUCUACGAAAGCUUCAUGCAAGUCGACAACGCGGAAGAUAUCAAAGCCUACACGGUUGGGCCAAAUUUCUGCCAUGCCGAGACGCGCAAGUCCCCUGUAGUGGAUGGUGUGGUGAGGAGAAACCAGCACGGCAAGGAGCUGCGCUAUGUUACGCCUCUCAGCCCUGAGGAGCGAGACAUGGCCAGUAAAAUCUCAAAUGCUUUCGGCCAGCGUGUAUGCGGCUUUGACCUCUUGAGAGUCUCCGGCAAGAGUUAUGUCAUCGACGUCAACGGUUGGAGUUUUGUCAAGGAUAACAAUGAGUACUAUGACCAUUGUUCCAACAUCUUGAAGGAGCUUUUCGUCAAAGAGAGGCUCCGGCGAGGAAACGCGGCAUCGGGGGCACCGUCUCCUGCUGCUUCAGAGUUCGAAACCCAUCCCCGCAACUCAACUGCGACUGGGGAUAGAGAUUUCUCCUCGGCCUCGUUGCACGCCCCUGAAAGGUCGAUCCCGGGAAGCUACCCCGAAUCUCAUGAUAACACCUCCGAGAGACCAAGUAGCACUGCAUCACCCAAGGCCGAUGAGAUACUCUCCUCCACAGUAUCGAGUAUCGAUGCCGCCUCGAUACACCUUCCCCCACCUUCGGAUAUCACUUCCCAUGAUGUUAGUUAUGUGUCACUGAGGACCCAAGCAGCACCAAGCCCUGGCCUGCCACCACCAGCCCAGACAAACGAGGAGAACGAGCCUCAGCCGCCCCUGCCAAAGCAUUCGUGGAAGCUGAAGGGCAUUGUAUCUGUUAUUCGUCACGCUGAUCGAACACCAAAGCAGAAAUUUAAGUUUACAUUUCAUACUGAACCUUUCAUCGCUCUUCUCAGGGGGCAUCAGGAAGAGGUUCUCCUUGUUGGUGAGGCGGCCCUGGCGAGUGUUCUGAACGCUGUCGAAAUGGCGCUCAGUGAGGGUAUUGAAGACUUCGAAAAACUCAGGGGUCUUCGCAACGUACUUGUCAAGAAAGGGAGCUGGGCUGGGACUAAAGUUCAGAUAAAACCUCUGUUCCGGAAGAAGAAGACGGAAGAAACCCCAGGCGUUGGUGAGAUGCCUGGCUUGAAGGAGGACGUCGAGAGCCCCUCGAAGCCAGAGGCUGGCCCUCCGGGUCAGGAAUACUCCCCCAAAAUCACCCCUAAGCGGCAUGAUUCUCUAUCGGGGGUAACGAUGUCUAAAUUUACGGCAGCCGAAGAGCAGCUGGUGCUUGACAAACUUCAGCUGAUAGUCAAAUGGGGCGGAGAACCAACCCACUCCGCUCGCUAUCAGUCUCAGGAGCUAGGAGAGAGCAUGAGGAACGACCUGACGCUUUUAAACCGGGACAUACUCGACGAGGUUCAUGUCUUUAGUAGCUCGGAGAGACGAGUCACAACCAGUGCUCAAAUUUGGGCAGCGUCAUUCUUGGGAAAGAAGGAUAUUCCCGAAGACUUCAUCACGAUUCGCAAGGAUUUGUUAGAUGAUUCCAAUGCUGCAAAGGACGAAACGGACAAGGUGAAGAAGAAGCUUAAAGGCCUUCUUCGGAAAGGAAACGAAAGACCCCCGGAGUUCGCCUGGCCUGAUAACAUGCCAGAGCCAUCUGAGGUCCAGAGUCGAGUUGUCCAGCUCAUGACUUUCCACCGGCGUGUGAUGCAGUAUAAUUACGGGAAGCUCUUCGGCAGUGCCGCGAAUUCACUGAGCUCCCUAUCUGGCCACUCUACCGAAAAGCUCAAUGGCGAAGCCUCCAACUCAUCUAUUGCAUCGUCUCUGUCUCAGGCCAAUGCCGUCAAUGCUAUCCAAUCUCGGUGGUGCUCCGGUGAAGAUCCGGAAUUAUUCAGGGAACGAUGGGAGAAGCUUUUCGCCGAGUUCUCUGACGGCGACAAGGUCGAUCCUAGCAAGAUUUCCGAAUUGUACGAUACGAUGAAGUUCGAUGCCCUGCACAACAGACAGUUCUUGGAAUGGGUGUUCACUCCGCCAAAGCACAUGCUGGAAGAGUACGGCCUGAAAGAGCAUGGCUCCAAAGAACCAAAACCAAAGGAUUCAGAGGAGAGCAAGGCGUCAGAUGAGCAAAAGGCAGAUAAGGAAAAAAGCCAAAGCAGCUCACAGUCUCCGGAUGGAUCUUCUGAUAAAUCUGAACCCCCCAGCCGGUCUGCAACUGUCAGGAAGCUUUUCCGACGACGAUCGUUUCUCAACAAUCUUAGGAACCUCAACGGAGAGUCAUCCCCUGAACAGUACUUUAAGCUCUACAAGGGAACAGACCAAGCGCUGGAUAAGCCUGACCCAAGGAAUGAACCUCUACAGGAGCUAUAUCGGCUCGCUAAAAUUCUCUUUGACUUUAUUUGUCCACAAGAGUACGGAAUUUCUGACACGGAGAAGCUCGAAAUCGGGCUGUUGACAUCGCUGCCUCUACUGAAAGAGAUUGUCCAAGACCUCGAGGAGAUGCAGGCCUCCAAUUACGCAAAAUCUUUCUUUUACUUCACCAAGGAGUCUCAUAUUUACACUCUCUUGAACUGCAUCAUUGAGGGAGGAAUCGAAACAAAGAUCAAGCGAAGCACAAUCCCAGAGCUUGACUAUCUCUCUCAGAUCUCUUUUGAACUUUACGAGUCCGAGAUGAAGCAGCCAGAGAGCGACUCUCCCGACGAGCCCACAUUUGCGUACAGUAUCAGAAUUACCAUCAGCCCAGGCUGCCACGUUUUCGACCCAUUGCACGUCCAACUGGACAGCAGGCACUGCAUUGGAAGCACCCCGAGGAGGAGUCUCACCCCUCACGGUGAUUGGCUUCAAGUUAUCAAGACACUACGAGCCAAGUUCAACCAAGUCAAACUACCGAAAACGUUCCUGGCGGUGAACCUGUCUGAUGCAUUUACCUUUGAGGACCAGGAGAAACAUGCCAGUGAUACCGACGUGCUUGAGAUGAGAAUGCCGUCUCCCAGACAGCCGGCCUCUGAUCCUAAACCUUCCGAGGAUGCGGUUAUCGACGAGCCAAACACAGACGUGCCCGUGGAGACGUUGGAGGCAGGUAGUGUCUUGUGA